AUGAGGGCCGGCAGAGACGUGUCCGUCCGCGUGGGGCUCAGAGCAGUGAGCAAUCGAUCCGCGGUCCUCGAGAGCCGGCGGGCGGCGGUCACGAGCGCCGCGGCGAGGGGCGGCACGAACCCGCACCCGCCGAGAUUUCCAUACCAGAUAAUUAAUAUCGCUUUAUUAGCGCUGCCUACGUCGAUCCGUGAAGAUACGCUCGUACACGCUUUGUGGGUGCCGCUGAGCCAACAUUGUGGAUGCAACGGCUCAAAAGCCCUCGGUUAUCGGCUGCGUGGCCAGCGGAAAGGACCCGGGGAGCAAUUGGUGAGCGUCAUCGUCGUUUUGAGUUUGGAGGCCGCGAGUGGCGGAGGCGCUAUCUGGGCAUCGGACGCGCUCGCUGAGCGGGAGCUCGGUUGGGGCGCGCGGAGUCUAAUUAGCCGGCAUUAUCUAACGGAACCGGACAGAGGUCGGGAGCGUAAGGGCGGCGGCUGCGGGCCCCAAUUUAAAAUUCAGAUAAGCGGAAUAGUCGGCGGCCGGGGCUCGCCACCGCCGCACCAACGCACCGCCGCCGCUGCCUCCCGUGUGCCCCGCACAUCGGACCGAACGGAGCCGGCGGCCAAUCGCUACGUGAACAUGGAAUUCACCUUAAUGGAACAAAGACUGAAUGUUUCUAAGCAUUGCAAAUCUCAUGGAAAUUCUAGCUGUAGAUUUAUUGAAAAGCGGGCGGGUAUU